CCCCGGCCCCUCGCUCCCCGCAGCUUUGUGCAGAGGAGCAGCGUCGCGGGCCGGUGGCCGCCGCCUCCCCCCGCCCGUCCUCUUUGAUGUCCCUGAGCCCCGUGGGUUGCGGAGCGGAGCCGGAGGCGCGAUGGGGGACCAGAAGGACCCAGGCGGCCUCACAGGAUGGGGCUCGAACCCCUAGCCCCCGCACUGAGAUUCCGCAUCCAGUUAGCCCCCGCCCCCAACCCCAGGAGGCCCUGAAAAAGAUCAUCACCACUCUGGCCGUCAAAAAUGAAGAGAUCCAAAACUUCAUCUAUGCCCUGAAGCAGAUGCUGCAGAAUGUGGAGGACAACUCCACCAAAGUUCAGGAGGACCUGGAGGGUGAGUUUCAUUCCCUCUUCUCCCUUCUGGAUGAGCUGAAGGAGGGGAUGCUCAUGAAGAUCAAACAGGACCGGGCCCUCAGGAUUUAUGAGCUCCAGAACCAGCUGACAGCCUGUACCAAGGCCCUGGAAUGCUCGGAGGAGCUGUUGGAGACGGCCAACCAGACGCUGCAGGGAGCAGACAACCAUGACUUUCCUCAGGCGGCCAAGCAGAUCAAGGACAGUGUGACCAUGGCGCCUGCGUUCCGGCUGUCCCUCAAGGCCAAGGUCAGCGACAACAUGAGCCACCUCAUGGUGGACUUUGCGCAGGAGCGGCGGCUGCUGCAAGCCCUCAAGUUUCUCCCAGUGCCCAGUGCCCCCGAAAUCGACCUAGCCGAGUCUCUGGUGGCCGACAACUGUGUGACUCUGAUGUGGAAGAUGCCGGAUGAGGACAGCAAGAUCGACCACUAUGUCCUGGAGUACCGUCGGACCAAUUUUGAGGGCCCUCCCCGGCUCAAGGAGGAGCAGCCCUGGAUGUUAAUCGAGGGUAUCCGGCAGACCGAGUACACCCUCUCUGGUCUGAAGUUUGAUAUGAAGUACAUGAAUUUCCGAGUGAAGGCAUGCAACAAGGCAGUGGCAGGCGAGUUCUCAGAACCAGUCACGUUGGAGACCAAAGCAUUCAUGUUCCGCCUGGAUGCAGCUACAUGCCAUCAGAACCUAAAGGUGGAGGAGCUCUCGGUGGAGUGGGAUGCCAUGGGGGGAAAGGUACAAGACAUCAAGGCUCGGGAGAAGGAUGGCAAAGGGCGGACGGCUUCUCCAGUCAACUCCCCGGCUAGGUGCACUCAGUCUCCCAAGCGGAUGCCCUCAGGACGGGGAGGCAGGGACCGUUUCACUGCUGAGUCCUACACGGUGCUAGGCGAUACCCUGAUUGACAGCGGGGAGCAUUACUGGGAAGUUCGCUAUGACCGGGACAGCAAGGCUUUUGGGGUGGGUGUGGCGUACCGCAGCCUGGGCAAGUUUGACCAGCUGGGCAAGACACCCGCCUCAUGGUGUGUCCACCUCAACAAUUGGCUGCAGGUCAGCUUCACGGCCAAGCACAACAACAAAGCCAAAGUGCUAGAUACAGCCGUGCCUGACUGCGUGGGUGUCCACUGCAACUUCCACGAAGGGUUCCUGUCCUUCUAUAACGCCCGUACUAAGCAGUUGCUCCACACCUUCAAAGCCAAGUUCAACCAGCCGCUCCUGCCGGCCUUCAUGGUGUGGUGUGGCAGCUUUCAGGUGUACUCUGGCCUGCAGGUGCCCAGCUCCGUGCGUUGUCUGCAGAAGCGGAACAGUGCCACGAGCAGCUCCAACACCAGCCUCACCUAGUUCAGCCCAGACCCCUCCUCUCACCCCCAAUCCUCCCCCCCGCCCCCAGCCUCCGCGAGCCCGACGACUGACUCCUCGGCAGGAGGUGGGCUUUGAAUGUACCAGGCCGACCACCUUCCCCUACGGUAACAAAACCAGUCCUAGAAGCCUGAAUUACCACCCCAACAUGUUGCCCUUGAAGGAGAUUCGGUUGAGGUGGCAGGGGCCUUGGGCUUGUCUAUUAGCUGCUCUCCUAGCCCCUAGGGCUCCCCACCCUGGGUCUCGGCCUUGUGUGUGUGUAUGUGUGUAUGCGUGUAUGCGUGUGUAUGUGUAUGUAUAUGCACGCUCAUGCACACGCGUGCCAUCAAGAGCCUCCCCUCACCAUUCCUCAGAGAAGGCUCAGGGCUGGAUCAGUGGGCUCUGUUCACCCCUUAAUUACCUCUUCUCCUGGCAAACACUGCUUUUGGCCUUAACACUAGACUGGUCAUUGUAGAUGGAAUCUAAGGGGAGGACGAUCAGGGCAGGGCUAGUUCUACCCCCCCCCCCCCAAGA